ACAGUCACGCUCACACCGUUGGUCUCGGACACAUCGCCUCUCCUCCGCCCGCUGUCCCUCCCUCCGCCACCGCCAGCCGCAGCCCGCAGCAGCAGCAAUGGCGCGCCUCGCCACCAUCCUCAGCUUCGGGGACCACGCCGAGGACGGCGCGUUCCCGGACCCGCGGGAGGGCUACCAGCAAGAACACUACGAGGACGAGGACGACGCGGCGUCCGACGCGUCGGGCGACAGCUUCGAGUUCGCGUUCGCGCGGCCGCUGGCGCCGGCGGAGGGGGAGCACCCGGCGGAGGCGCUCGCGGACGACCUCUUCGCGCACGGCCGCAUCCUCCCGGCCUACCCGGUCUUCCACCGCCGCCAGGCCCACGACGAGGCGUCGCCCACCUCCGCCACGGCGCCGCCCUCGCCGGACACGUACUGCGCGUGGGCGCCGCGGUCGGCGCCGGGGUCGCCCGCGCGCGAGCCGGCGGCCUUCCCCAAGAGCGCGUCCACGGGCACGGGCGAGGCCGCGCGCCGGUUCCGCCUGCGCGACAUCCUCGGCUCCGCCGGCCGCUCCCACAGCGACGGCAAGGAGAAGUUCCUCUUCCUCCAGGCCACCCCCGCCGCCAAGCCCAAGCCCAAGUCAAAGACGGGCGCAUUGUCCGCCGCGCCCUCGCCGGCCGCCAAGAAGGCCUCGCAGCCGCAGCAGAAGCAGAGCAAGAAGAAGGCCGCCGCCGCCGCCCCGACGGAGAUGGACAUGGCCACCGCGCACAGGCUCUUCUACAGCAAGCCCGGGGGCGAGAGGACGACGACGACGACGACGAAAACGUCGUACCUGCCCUACCGGCCGGCCAUCGUCGGCUUCUUCGCCACCGCACACGCGCUCCGCCCCAAGCACCACCCGUCGUACUAGCCAUCCCAUCCCAUCCCCUGCCCCGCCCCGCCCCUGCCACGAUGAACCAAAUCAGAUUAAAUUAGUUCGUUAAUUCGUUGGGUUUCUCUUUUCGUGUGAGAUGAAAUGCUGCGACUCAUCAGAUUCGGUCAAGAAACCGCUGCUUCUAGUAAUCUCGUUGGUGUAAAUUGUAAAUAUAAAAGUGGAUGGAUCACGCGCUCUUUCUUGA